AUGCCUCCCAAGAAAUUUGUUCCGCGUGAACGGAAGCGGAAAGUUCUUGACCGCCAGAAGGCGCAGCAGGAUGCCUCCCACAUUCCCGAGCCGGACAGCAAUGCUCUUGAGAUUACGCCUUCACAACAGGCUGAUGCGGAUGGGAGGAAGGCUCAGCUUCGUGACGAACUGAGACCCCAAGGCGUCAAAGUCAGCGCUCAAAAGGCCAAGCGGCUCGAAAAAUACAUAGACAACAAGCUGAAGAAGGACGAAAAUCGGGAACUCCUCGCCAAGCUCGCCGCCAACAAAAUCGACACCAGUCUCUUCUCCAGCAGCAAAACCCUAGGCCAGACGAAAGAGACCAAGAGGGACGCUUUAAGACGUACCCUCAGGGAAAAGAAUGCUGGCCUCGGCCUUGAGAAGUCUGACACACAGCUGCUCUACCAGGUUAGGAAGAGAGCCCGCAGCGAGCAACCAGAGGACGAGGAAUCCGUCGAAUCUGAUGAUGAAGACGAUAACGGCCCGGCGGCUGGGGCCGAAGAUGUUGGGCCCGACCGGCCGACACUAUCCGGCCCUGUAAUAGCCGGGUCUGGUUUGAAGCGACCCCUCAAAUUAGAUGACUCGGGUCACCCGGUUCUUGCGAAACGGCAGAAGCGAGGAGGGGUCAAGACAAAGCAUCCCGUGGUCACCUUCACCAUUGAUGAGAGGUCUGAUUCGCCUGAGUGGGAUGGUUUUAGCGAUGAAGAUGGGAGCACGUCUGAACAUGGGCUCUCUAACGGUUCGAUACCACCUACUGAUCACGUUGGAGGACGGCCGGAGGAAGACUCAACCGGAAACGACUCAGACUUGGGUGAAAGCGACUCAGAUUCAGGCGAGAGCAACUCAUCCGACGACGUGGAGAGCUCGGAAGGGGACAGUGAAUCUGAGAAUGAUGACGAGGCUGCGGAGGAAGGGCGGGAAAGGAUAUCCGCAUUCAAGGCCUGGGCUCAUCAGCAACGAAAUGAAGCCCAGGGGUACAAGCCAGUCGUCUCAGAUCUCACGGCCCUGGGUAUACCGAAGCCCGCAGAUUUCACCCCUCGACCGAUCGAACAAGACCCACUGCCGAUAGAAUUGCAACCCACCACAAACACCACAAGAAAGGCAUACACUGUAACUGUGACAAGAGACGCCGAAAUCCAAGAGGCUCGCUACGAGUUGCCAGUUGUUGCCGAGGAGCAGAAAAUCAUGGAGGCCAUUCAUAACAAUGACAUUGUUGUUGUGUGUGGUGACACCGGUUCCGGAAAGACCACACAGCUACCACAAUUUCUGUUCGAAGCUGGUUAUGGCUCACCUGGAGGGCCGACUCCCGGCAUGAUUGGUGUGACACAACCACGGCGGGUAGCAGCGGUCAGCAUGUCGAAGCGUGUAGCCCGUGAGCUCGGUGAUCAUUCCCAUGUGGUGGCCUACCAAAUCAGGUUCGAGAAGAACGCCUCUCGCGACACCACUAUCAAGUUUAUGACAGACGGUAUUCUCCUACGUGAACUAGCAGAGGACUUUACUCUUCAAAAAUACUCAGUCAUCAUUCUUGACGAGGCCCACGAACGGAGCACCAACACCGACAUUCUGAUCGCACUUCUCAGCAGGGUGGUCAAGCUCAGGGCAAAGUUGAUAGAGGAAGACCCCUCUAAGAAGCCGCUGAAGGUGGUCAUCAUGUCUGCAACACUCAGGGUCGAGGAGUUCACUCAGAAUCCUAAGCUAUUCAAGACACCACCGCGCCUUGUCCAAGUCGACGGUCGCCAGCACGAGGUCACGCUUCACUUUGCCAAAAAGACGCACCAUGACUACGUUGAGGAGGCUUUCCGGAAGAUCAGCAGAGGGCACCGUAAGCUGCCUCCCGGGGGCAUGCUUGUCUUCUUGACGGGCCAAGAAGAGAUUCAAAGGCUGAGCAAGCGGUUGAACACUGCAUUUAGCGGCGGCAUGGCCCCCGCCCAGGAACCGAAGGUCAGGGUCUCGGGGAGUGAGGUACCCAUUGAAGCGGAAGACGUCGAUUUUGGGGCUUCCGACGACAGAAACGGUCCUGAUGACUACGAUGAGAUCGAAUUCGGUUCGGACGAUGAAGAUGACGAGAAGGACUUCGAGAUCGAGGACGAGGAAUCGGGGACGGGCCCGAGGCGGUUGCACAUUUUACCGCUAUACUCUCUACUCCCGACAAAAGAGCAGAUGAGAGUUUUUGAACCACCCCCUGACGGUUCGCGGCUAGUUAUUUUGGCUACAAACGUGGCGGAGACGAGUUUGACCAUUCCUGGUAUUCGCUACGUCUUUGACUGCGGCAGGUCAAAAGAACGAAAGUAUGAUCCUGUGAGCGGGGUUCAGAGGUUCGAGAUCGACUGGAUUAGCAAGGCCAGCGCACACCAAAGAGCUGGACGUGCUGGCCGUACGGGCCCUGGCCACUGCUGGAGGCUGUACUCGUCAGCGGUUUAUGAGAGAGAUUUCCCUCAGUUCUCGAUACCUGAGAUUCUCCGGACACCUGCUGAGGCUGUCGUGCUUCAGCUUAAGUCCAUGAACCUCAAACAUAUCGUCAACUUCCCUUUCCCGACCCCGCCGGAUCAACAGAGCAUUGUCAAAGCUGAGAAGAUUUUGACUUAUAUAUCGGCCCUAUCGCCCGAGAGAAACAUUACGCCGGUCGGGUUAACAAUGUCCAGGUUCCCCCUGGCCCCCCGCUUUGCACGGAUUCUGCUUGUUGGGCAUCUUCACGGCUGCCUGCCUUACACCAUCGCUAUGAUCGCGGGGCUGUCUGCGGGUGAGAUAUUCGUAUCGGAAACCCAAAUUUUCUCCGCUCCUACGGACACGACCGAAGAGUACCGCACCGACCAAGUUGUCAUCGCCGAAUACAAGCAGGAAAAGCUACGGGAAUCAUACAGGGCGGCCCACAAGAGGUUCUGCUCCCUCGACGCCAAGUCCGACGCCAUGAAAAUCCUCCAGGUUGUCGGUGAGUUCGCCUACGAACCCACAGAACAAUGGUGCGAAUCCCAUUUUGUCCGGUUCAAGGCCCUCAAGGAGAUUAUGCAACUCCAGGGCCAGCUCGCCAACCUUGUCAAAACCCACAUGACUGGUUUUGAAAAUUUCACGCUUCCUCCGACUCUCCCACGGCCCUCCGAGGAGCAGGUCCAAGCUCUCAAACAGAUGGUAUCCGCGGGCUUCGUCGACCAAGUCGCCAUCCGCGCCGACAAAGCGCCCAAUCCACCCGAAAUGUUCCGCAAUCCGAAGCGCGCCAUCGACGUGCCCUACCUCCCCUUAAUACCUCUCGACAGCGAGGGAUCGGCCGACCCGGCGGACAGGCUGGUAUACAUCCACCCGUCAUCGCCACUCGCGCGUCUCAGCGCCACCGAGUGCCCGGAGUACGUCACGUACGCGUACCUCCAGCGGGCUACCCCUUCCGGCCCUGCCACUGCCAUCGGCAAGAAGCCCAAGACGAGGAUGCACUCCUUGACUGAUUUGACUGGGAGGGAGCUGGCGAAUAUUGCCAAGGGGACCCCGUUGCUUACCUACGGCAAGCCGGUCAAGGAGGUUAAGGGCGCCACGGAUAGCACUAGGGAGGUGUGGGUGGUGCCGUAUUUGAGGUCGGAGACGGGUGGCGGUAUGGGGUGGCCUCUUCCAAUGCGGAAGAUCAAGCAGAAGAGAGUUGCGGGGAAAGGGUGGGUAGACGAAUAG